GAAACCAGCUAACAUAAAUAGAGGCUUUAAGGAUUGGAAAGGAAAAUAGGCUCGCAGCCAGUUUGUGUCAGGCGUGCUGAUUAGAAAGGAGGGCUCGGGGCUUUCCCUCCAGGGUCGAUCCCCUCCUCCCCUGGAAGUCUAGAAGGACCGCCUCUAGCUCAGAAUCGGGGGUGUGAACCGGGAGUGGGGAGAACUCUUUCCGUCACUGCUUGGCAGGGGGCAUCGGGCAAGCUUGGCUCCGGGGCCCAGGAAGCCCGGCGGAGGCACUGGCUUCUUGGUUGCGGGAUCCUCCACUGCGAGGCCUGGAGAAACUGCCCCCAGCUCCCAGCAUUUGGGAUUCUGCCCCUAUCGAGCCACCUGUCUCCAUGAAGCCCUUUAUUUCCCUCACACCCACGUGCUAAGUGGCCAACCUCGUGGGUGCACCACAGGGAGAGACAGAGAGAGAGUGAAUGGCCUUCCGUGGGACCACUGGGGCGGCAGCUGGGGAGAGCGGCUGGACCCAAGGGCGCCCGUGGAGGAGGAAGUGUCCAGCCACGUCCAUGACAGUUCAGGUGUGAUCCAGCUUCUGCCACACGGGGGGCUGAGUGUGAUGCUGGCUUCUGAGGCUGGAGUUUCACCUGUCAGCCAGUGGGGACCCACCUGUCAGCCUAGCUGGACCCAGCAGGCUCCCGAGGUUCCUUGGUAUUGGGCAGAGGAAGGUCGGUGGAGGCAGGGGCCUUCUGGGAAGAUGGCUUAGGCUUCUGCCCCUGCUGGUUUUUCGGCGGGUUAAUGAUUUAUGAAGGUGAGGGCUGGGCCCUUGCUGGCGCUGUCCUGUGCUCCCGAAGCGGCUGGGGAACAGGGUGAGAGCUGGCAGGCUGGCGUGCACAGGGCACGAGUCAGUGACCCUUCUCUGUCGCUGGAACUUCAGCCCUGAACGCCCUCUGAUCAGAAUUCUGGCCCUCUCUUUGCAGGCGCGCGCUGGGACGGUGCUGGUGAGCCGUACCCUGUCUGAUGGCUUCCUCCCAUCCUCCACGGGCUGCCAUAGGAGAUCGGCUGCUUCCUGGAGGCCCAGGCCCCUCCCCCGAGGCAGAGGACGACCCUGGCGAGGCCUUUGAGUUUGAUGACAGCGACGAUGAUGACGAGGACACCAGUGCUGGCCUGGGCGUCCCAGGCGCUGCUCCAGAGAAGGAGGCGGAAGACGCCCCACUGAUCCACUUGGACUCCGCCCCCGUCGCUGACCCAGACCCAGAGGCUGCACCGCCCCAGACACAGGGGCCGGCCGUGGUGAGCAAUGGGGAUGCCGUGGACACAGCUUUCUCUGGGGUCCGGCGCUCCAGCUGGAGACGGAAGAGCUCCCGUCGCAGUAAGUCUCCCGCAUCCCCCCCCCCGCCCCAGGUCUCAGCCCCAGGAGGUCCCUUCCAGCCUCCUCCUCCUCCUCCUCGCCUCACCCACGCGCUGCUGACAAUCCGCCAGGCCCACUUGGUAUGCAGCCGCAGCCUGGCCCGAGAGCCUGGGUUUUAA